GGGGUCUGGAUUCCCACCUUCGGCUCCUUUGACACCGUCUCCAAGGACGUCCGGACCGAGGAUGGGACCGUGACUCUGCGGUGGCCGGUCUUUCACCUGGCCUCAAACCUCAUAGCUACGCACCACCUCAAGCCCCGCAGGGAGUCCCUGCCAGUCCAUAGGAAGGUGGAGCCCCUGAAAUACAGCAAGGCGGCCGCAGCUGCCUCUCUGAGCUGGCAGACCCUCAGGACCGGCAUCCAGAGCACCGUGUCCCUGCUCUCCGGCUGCCUGCAGAACGGGGAGAACGUUGCCAUUGUCCUAAAGGACAUCGGCGUGCUCCUCAUUGACGGCUUGACGUUCCAAAUGAAAUUCUUCUUUGACUUCCUGGAGAAGCUGUCAGGGAAGGAGAAAUUCAGAAGAGCUACUUCCAAGGUGAGCUGCAGUUUCUCCGUGGCUCGGGCAGAGCCGUGAGCCUUGCAGUGCCCGCACACGGCCCACCAGGAGCUGGCAGCUCC